AUGUUAUUCUGCAGACCAGAAGCCGAUGAGACGAAGUCGCUGGCGAGACUUCGUUAUGAACUUUUCUCGGUAAAAUUCGACGGAGUCGAUCGCAAGGAUUACACAGCCCUUGUCAAACGUCGGUUUGCCGCCGCUCAAUGGAAUCAGCUUUCGCAGGACCAAGCUGAAUGCCUGCUAUGGAUCAUCGGACUCCAUGCCUCAGAACACCUGGAUUUGCGAAUUCGGGCACUUCGCGAACUCGAACUGAAUCCGGAAUUGAAACUAACUUCCUCAAAUUAG